AUGGAGCCAGCAGCGACAUCUGAGGCAGUGGCUACACUGAGUAGACGUUGGGCGGACGUCGUGCUAGAGGACGAAGAGGAUGCUGUUUUCGAACCUGUUGAGGCGGGAAGCGACGAGCAGCCUCCGGCGACAGCACGAACAUGGCGCCUCGUUGGUAAAUUCCUAACCACCAAACUUGUCAAGAUGGAGUUUAUGAGCCAAGUUAUGGCUUCGGUAUGGCAGCCGGUCAAGGGGGUUCAGGUCUCGGAGUUACAACCAGGGUUUUUUCUCUUUGUGUUCUAUCAUGAGAUGGAUAUUUGUUUGGUUCUUGAGGGUGGUCCAUGGUCCUUUGAGAACCAUACUUUUGUCUGCAAACGGAUUGAGGAUGGAGUUAUUCCAGUCACGAUACCGUUGGACUCUGUUGACAUGUGGGUACAAGUGCAUGACUUGCCGCUUAGUUAUACAUCUGAUCUUAUUCUGGAACAAGUUGGAAAUUUUAUGGGAACAUUUAUAAAGGUUGAUGAUAGGUUCUCGGAUGCACCAUGGAAAACGUUCUACCGAAUUAGGGUUUCAAUAUCUGUCAUAAAACCGCUAAAACGGCGCAUGAAGCUUCUAAAAAGAGAUAAGUCGACUUGCUGGGUUAAUUUCAGGUACGAAAGAUUGCACAACUUUUGUUAUUUCUGUGGUCUGAUGGGGCAUUUGCACAAGUAUUGUUUGAAGGCACGAGAUGCGGGCAUACCGAUGGAUCAAUAUCCAUAUGGUGAAAGUUUACGCGCUGGAUUGAGAAAGGGUCCACGCAAGGUGGGAGCUUCAUGGCUCCUUGACAAAAACAGUAACCCCAUGGUGGAAACCCUCUCGGGUAUAGCGCCUGGUUUGCGAGCUGAUGAGAUAUGCCGUGGGGAGGCAGUAACUGGGUUUGCCCAUGGGGAGAAUGUGACAGUCAUGGCAGCGUCCAAGAGAAGAAGAGGUGAAGUGAAUGUGGGCACUAGGGGCAAUGCAAAUGUUGGCAGUGAUAUUGUUAUGACAGAGAUCCAAAAAAACUUGUUUGUGGCGGGUUCUGGUUCCCAGACCCGCCCAUCAUUAUGA